GCAGAUGAGAUGAGGUUGAGGUUGAGGUUGAGGUGAAGCCCUGGCUUUGGAUUUCUCCUGCUCUUUUGGCCCUUCACUUGGGAUAUCUCUGGAUAACAACCCUUCUCUUCUCUUCUCUUCUCUUCCCCCCCAAUCUACAAAUAUCUCUACAAAUAUCUCUCUAAAUAUCUCUCCCCUACGCCUACUACUACUACCCUACACUUACCUUUUCUUCACCCUCUCUCUCUCUCUCUCUCUCUCUCUUAAUUUGUCCUAACUCUCUCUCUCUCUCUCUGUGUCUCCUUCCGGAGGCGCUGCGUUAAUAAGAGACAUCGACGAUGCCUCAAGUCCCCUGUUUGCAUUGCCACCCCCACACCUACAUUAGAAUGGUUCAGCAUUUGAUUGAAAGGUGCCUUCUCUUUCACAUGACUCGAGACGACUGCAUCACUGCCCUCGCCAAGCAUGCGAGGAUCCACCCCCUCGUCACCAUUACUGUGUGGGAAGGGCUUCUGAAGGAGAACAUGGGGUUCUUUCAAGCAUAUCACCAAGCUAUUUCUCUCAGGCGGCACUUGAUCUUUAGCAACGGGUCACAUGAGAGGGUGUUCAAUUCCAGAAGAAGAAAGCUGUAGAGCGGAGUGAGACAAAAACCCAAACCCAAGACUGAGUUAGUAGCCAGCGAGAUUAUUUAAAUAUUAUUAUAAUCAAAUCCAGGGCUGGUUUACAGUGUAUAUUCACUGUGUAAUUAAGUUUGUAGCCAAUGUAUGCAGUUUUAUUUUUUUA